AUAUCAGAGAAAUGACAGCUUAUGGUGCUGUGAAUUCUCUUAGGAACACACUUGAAAACAUUACCCGCUGUCCUCGUUUCAGCCUUGUUGGUGGCUCUAAAAAGACCAUCGAUGUCGUGCACAAGGAGUUGAAGCCUUGGGAAGAAGUUCUGCAAAGAUUGGACAAGACGAGCCCGAGCAAGAGCAGGAAGAAGGCGAACGCUUUGGAUGGAAGAAUCAAGGAGGCAUUUUGGAGAUUUGAGGACUCAUUGGAAUCUCUUCUCACUCAACAGAUUCUUUCGAAUUUUGAAAGUCUUCCAGAGACGAUCUUCAUCGAUCUGCAGAGUCUGCAGAAUGAUGUUGAUUCCUUGAUCCAUACGCUCGAUGAUAUGAAGGAGGAGUACAUUUACGAAGUAGAGAAUAUGGCUGAGGACGAACCUAUUUCCUCAGUCAUCGGUUUUCAUGGAACCAACUCUAAGAUGAUUGGAUUAUCAGACCAAUUCGAACGAGUCAAGUCUGAUCUCAUUAAUACACCCGACACGUGGAAUCAUGUGCACGCACUUUAUGGAACGGCAGGCGUUGGGAAGACCACUCUUGCUAUGAAAAUUUAUGAAGAUCCUGAAAUUCAGAGCAUGUAUGAGUGUCGUGCGUGGGUCACAGUAGGCAGAGUGCCUCAACCGAACCGUGAAAUUUCAGGAGGCAUUCGAGCUCAGCUGUAUGGAGUUACUCAAGGAGAUGACGGAGUAUAUUACUUGAUGAGAGAAAGGUUGGAUGGAAAGAAUUGCCUCAUUGUGUUGGAUGAUGUCUGGGAGAAUUUUCGGUUUUAUAGUAUACCAAUCGUCAGAAGGGGGUGUAGCAGUAUCUUGCUAACUGGUCGACAUCGAAAAAUGAUGCAAGCUUGUGAGAAUCUUGAUCACUGGUAUGAGGUGCGGCUUUUGAAUGAAGAAGAUGUUAGCGAGUUGUGCAAAGAAGAUGUUAAGUUGCCUACACAAGAUGAGAAGAGAAAGAAAUAACUGCCGUGUCUCUUGCAAUUCCUUAUGAUGUUAAUGAGAAAUAAUUA